AUGCUAGCGAACGACCCCAAAGGGCUGGAAGUGAGGCGGGGUGGGGGACGGGACACGAGGGAAGAGCCAAGUGCUGAAGUAAACCCAAGACAAGGCUCUGGAUGCGAGUGGGUAAGAGAGCGGGCCGGAGGCCUGGGCUGCGCCACGACCCUUGGAGCAGAGGAGGGCCGCCCGGAGCCCCCACCCCGAGUCCUCGCAGCCCCGGCGACUACAUCUCCCAGCACCGCCCGCUCGGGCCGCGGGAAGGGGAAAAAAAAAAAGAGAGAGGUGAGCGGGGCGCGGGGGAGUCGGCGGCGGGGCGCGCUGCGCGGGCGGCGUCCCGAGGCCCCCCGAGGAGCAGCGGCCGCGGGGACAGGGGGGACGCCCCGCGGUGGCCCUUUGCAGACGCCGAGGGGCACCGGGUCUGGGACCCUUUGGAGGCGGGGGGGCCAGGGCCCUGGGAGUAAGGGGCUAGGGCGAAGAGGGGGUGGCGCAGACCGUUAUGUGCAGCGGGCCCGGGAUGCCAGCGCUGCGGGCGCCCUGGGAGGCCCGGGAGGGGGCCUCGCCCGACAGGAAAUGGGGCCGGGACGGAGCGCCUGGAGGGUGGAGGCGAGGAGGAGCGGGGAGGCGGAGGCGCAGGGGCCCUGUCUGGCCGGGCCAGCAGAGAUGGGGAAGGGGCCGGCAUCCCACCCCACCCGCUCCCGCUCGCCGACCAGGGAUUUGCAGCUUGGCCGCCCAGCCCAUCGCGCAGAGCCCAGUCCCCCGGAACCAGAACCCCCGGCCCCUGAGGGGUCCCCUGCGGGCGCAGAGGGACCCCCUAGCCCCGAAGCCUCGCGGAGCCCCGCACGGGGGGCCUACCUGCAAAGCUUGGAGCCCAGCAGCCGUCGCUGGGUGCUGGGCGGAGCCAAGCCGCCCGAGGAAGCCACUCUGGGGCUCGGGACGCCCAGCAGUGGGGAGCCGGCCGGCGAGAUCUGGUACAACCCCAUCCCUGAGGAAGACCCCCGGCCGCCAGUGCCCGCCGGGCCGCUGCCAGGCCCAGGGGAGCUAGACAGUGAGGCCCCGCCCGCGCCCCUGGCCAAGGCCUCGCGCACCAAGUCCCCGGGCCCCGCGCGGCGCCUGUCCCUGAAGAUGAAGAAGCUGCCGGAGCUGCGGCGCCGCCUGAGCCUGCGGGGCCCCCGCGGAGGCCGCGAGCGGGACAGGGCUGCCCCUGCAGGGUCGGUCAUCAGCCGCUACCACCUGGACAGUAGCGUCGGAGGCCCUGGGCGCGCAGCAGGGGCCGGAGGCUCUCGGGGGCUCAGAUCUGGCUACCUGAGUGACGGCGACUCGCCAGAGCGCACGGCAGGACCCCCGUCGCCUACUGCCUUCCGACCCUAUGAAGCCGGGCCCGCGGCGCGCGCACCCCCGUCUGCGCUCUGGGGCCGCCUGAGCCUGCACCUGUACGGGCUCGGGGGGCUGCGGCCGGCGUCUGGGGCAUCCGCGCGGGAUCUCUGCUGCCUGCUGCAGGUGGACGGGGUGGCCCGGGCGCGCACGGGGCCGCUGCGAGGCGGCCCGGACUUCCUGCGACUGGACCACACUUUCCACCUGGAGCUCGAGGCUGCCCGCCUGCUGCGAGCCCUGGUGCUGGCCUGGGACCCCGGCGUGAGACGGCACCGACCUUGCGCCCAGGGGUCGGUGCUGCUGCCCAUGGUCUUCCGAGGGUGCCAGGCCCAGCAGCUGGCGGUGAGGCUAGAACCCCAGGGGCUGCUGUAUGCGAAGCUGACACUUUCGGAGCAGCAGGAAGCCCCAGGCACAGCUGAGCCCCGAGUCUUCGGUCUGCCCCUGCCUCUCCUGGUGGAGCGGGAGCAGCCGCCUGGGCAGGUGCCCCUCAUCAUCCAGAAGUGCGUGGGGCAGAUUGAGCGCCGUGGGCUGCGGGUCGUGGGGCUGUAUCGUCUGUGUGGCUCAGCGGCAGUGAAAAAGGAGCUCCGGGAUGCCUUUGAGCGAGACAGUGCUGCUGUCUGCCUCUCUGAGGACCUGUAUCCCGAUAUCAAUGUCAUCACUGGCAUCCUUAAGGAUUAUCUUCGAGAGCUGCCCACUCCGCUCAUCACCCAGCCCCUUUAUCAGGUGGUGCUGGAGGCCAUGGCCCAGGGGCCCCCAGGCCGGGCUCCCCCAAGCCCUGAGGGCACCAGAGCGCUCCUCAGCUGUCUGCCAGACGUGGAGAGGGCCACACUAACGCUUCUUCUGGACCACCUGCGCCUGGUCUCCUCCUUCCACGCUCACAACCGCAUGACCCCGCAAAACCUGGCCGUGUGCUUCGGGCCUGUGCUGCUGCCGGCGCGCCAGGCGCCCUCCCGGACGCGCAUCCGCAGCUCUGGCCCGGGCCUAGCGAGCGCAGUGGAUUUCAAACGCCACAUCGAGGUGUUGCACUAUCUGCUACAGUCCUGGCCAGAUCCCCAGCGACCCUCUGAGACUUCGGAUGUUGCCCCCUACCUGCGGCCCAAGCGGCAGCCUCCACUGCACUUGCCACUGGCCGGCCCCGAAGUGGUGACCAGGCCCCGUGGCCGGGGAGGUCCCGAAAGCCCCCCAAGUAACCGCUAUGCUGGCGACUGGAGCGUCUGCGGACGAGACUUCCUGCCCUGUGGGCGAGAUUUCCUGUCCGGGCCUGACUACGACCACGUGACGGGCAGUGACAGCGAGGACGAUGAAGAGGAGGCUGGAGAGCAGCAGGGCGCUGCUGACUUCGAGGAUGACUUCGACGCGCCCUUCAACCCACACCUGAAUCUCAAAGACUUCGAUGCUCUCAUCCUGGACCUGGAGCGAGAGCUCUCCAAACAGAUCAACGUGUGCCUCUGA